CUGGCAUCACUGCUGGGAACUGACUGGCACAACCGCUGGGCACUGACUGGUGGCACUGACUGGCAGCACUGCUGGGCUGCACUGGCACUGGUGGGUGGCACAUUCUGGUGGGUGGGUGGGCACAGGUGGGUGGGUGGCACUGGUGGGCACAGGUGGGUGCACAGGUGGGUGGCACUUGGUGGGCACAGGUGGGUGGGCACAGGUGGGUGGCACUGCUGGGCACAGGUAGAGUGGCACAGGUGGGUGCACUGCUGGGCAGAGGUGGGUGCACUGCUGGGCACAGGUGGGGUGAUCUGCUGGGCACAGGUGGGC